AUGGAGCGGAUUCCUCAGGGAAGGUUGUUGUCUAAGGAGGCACUGGCUGAAGCAAGCAGGGCUGAUGACAGCUCCGAAAGCGUGGGAGAGGACAGAGGAGUUGUGGUCAUGGAGUGUCCAGUGUGCAUGGUGGACAAGCCGAAGGAUUGUUUUCGAGAGAUUUCCACAUGCCAUCACCGCUGUUGUUCGGAAUGUUUGAAGAAUUACUUCAAGAUUGAAAUAAUGGAGUCUCGGCUGGCCAUAGCCUGUCCGGAGUGCUCCGAGCUGUUUCAUCCCAAUGAUAUCCAUGCCAUAGUGCAGGAUAGUGUUCUCAUUGAGAAGUACGAGAAUUUCAUGGUGCGGCGAGUUCUGGCAAUGGAUUCUGACACCAGGUGGUGCCCGGCUCCAGAUUGUGGCUAUGCAGUAAUAGCUUCAGGGUGUGCCGGCUGUCCAAAGUUGAAGUGUGAGCGGGAAGGAUGUCAUACAUAUUUCUGCUAUCACUGCAAGCAGUACUGGCACCCUAACCAGACUUGCGACGCUGCCCGAGCCGAGCGCUCUCCCCACAUGAGGUCGGCCUCCGUCAGCUGCAGUCAGGAGUCAAAUGCUCACAAUGAAAUCAAGUCGUGCCCUCGCUGUGGUGCCUACAUUGUGAAGAUGGAUGACGGCUCCUGCAACCACAUGACUUGUGCAGUGUGUGGGGCAGGUUUCUGCUGGCUUUGUAUGAAGGAAAUCUCCGACCUUCAUUACCUGAGUCCAUCUGGCUGUACUUUCUGGGGCCGCAAGCCAUGGAGCCGUAAGAAGAAGAUCCUGUGGCAGCUGGGGACUUUGGUGGGAGCUCCAGUAGGCAUCACGUUGGUGGCCGGUAUUGCUGUGCCAGCCAUGAUUAUUGGAAUUCCUGUGUGGGUCGGCCGGAAGAUUCAUUAUCGCUAUGAUGGAGCCUCCAAACACAAGCGAAACCUGGCGAUAACUGGGGGCGUGGCUGCAUCCAUUAUCGCAGCUCCGAUUAUUGCUGGCCUUGCUGUUGGUAUUGGGGUGCCCAUCUUGCUUGCCUAUGUCUAUGGAGUUGUGCCUUUCUCCCUGUGCCGCAGUGGAGGCUGUGGAGUGUCCACCACCAACACUGGGGGUGUGCGGUUCGAGUUUGAUGAACAUGAUGACAGUAACACACAGGGGCCUUACGCUGGUGAUAACCACAGCAUUGAAACAGCUCCCAACGUUGCCAACCCAAGCAUUGCCCCCAGUAUUGGUGAUGCCAGCCUGGGGAUGACUAACAGCUUGAGUGCCAGCGGUAGCCACAUGGACAGGGCUGGUAUUUUACGCGACGACAGCGACCGUGACUCUUCCAGCCACCGUGCCCUGGCAGGCAGCAGCAUUAAUGGCAGCUUGUGCAGCGCCACCUACAGUGCCCAGCAUCACAAACUGGAGGUGCAGGCAGAUAUCUCGGAGUCAGUCCACUGUGAGAGGUCCAGCGUUGGCGGGGAAUCAUACAACUUGUCUCUUAAUGACGAUGCCAGCACCAAGGCUCUAGCAGGUUCCAUUAUAUCACACAGGGACAAAGACGGGAUCUCUCUGUGCUCAAGACGCUUUGAUACUACAUCAGGCCACCUUGCCUACCCAGAGGAAACCAGUGAAAUAGAGGAUGAGAAGUGCACCUCUCCAAGUGGAGGACAGCAGCAGGCUGGAAGCUCUUCAUGCCCGGCAUCCCCCCACACACGCAAGGCCAGUCCAGCACCUUCGGAGGAUGCCCGCAGCACUAGGAGCAAGAAGUGUACCCGCUUCAUGGACCAGGU